AUGCUGAGCUCAGUCUGCGUCUCGUCCUUCCGCGGGCGCCAGGGGGCCAGCAAGCAGCAGCCGGCGCCGCAGCCGCCCGAGUCCCCGCCGCCGCUGCCCGCGCCUCCUCCGCCGCCCGCUCCGCCGCCGCCGCCGCAGCCUGCGCAGCCCGGCCCCGCCGCGUCCCCGGCGGGCCCCCCGCCACCCCGCGGGCCCGGGGGCCGGCGCGCCGAGCCAUGCCCCGGGCUGCCGGCGGCGGCCAUGGGGCGGCACGGCGGCGGCGGUGGCGACAGCGGCAAGAUCGUGAUCAACGUGGGCGGCGUGCGCCAUGAGACGUACCGCUCGACGCUGCGCACCCUCCCGGGGACGCGGCUGGCCGGCCUCACGGAGCCCGAAGCGGCGGCCCGCUUCGAUUACGACCCGGGAGCCGACGAGUUCUUCUUCGACCGGCACCCGGGCGUCUUCGCCUACGUGCUCAACUACUACCGCACCGGCAAGCUGCACUGCCCGGCCGACGUGUGCGGGCCGCUCUUCGAGGAGGAGCUGGGCUUCUGGGGCAUCGACGAGACGGACGUGGAGGCCUGCUGCUGGAUGACCUACCGGCAGCACCGCGACGCCGAGGAGGCGCUCGACUCCUUCGAAGCGCCCGACCCCUCGGGCGCCGCCGGGGCCGCCAACGCGGGCGGCGCCCACGACGCGGGCCUGGACGACGAGGCGGGCGCGGGCGGCGGCGGCCUGGACGGCGCGGGCGGCGAGCUCAAGCGCCUCUGCUUCCAGGACGCGGGCGGCGGCGCCGGGGGCCCGCCGGGGGGCGCGGGCGGCGCGGGCGGCACGUGGUGGCGCCGCUGGCAGCCGCGCGUGUGGGCGCUCUUCGAGGACCCCUACUCGUCGCGGGCUGCCAGGUAUGUGGCCUUCGCCUCGCUCUUCUUCAUCCUCAUCUCCAUCACCACCUUCUGCCUGGAGACCCACGAGGGCUUCAUCCACAUCAGCAACAAGACGGUGACCCAGGCCUCGCCGAUCCCGGGGGCCCCACCGGAGAACAUUACCAACGUGGAGGUGGAGACGGAGCCCUUCCUGACGUACGUGGAGGGCGUGUGCGUAGUGUGGUUCACCUUCGAGUUCCUCAUGCGUAUCACCUUCUGCCCGGACAAGGUGGAGUUCCUCAAGAGCAGCCUCAACAUCAUCGACUGCGUGGCCAUCCUGCCCUUCUACCUGGAGGUCGGGCUCAGCGGCCUCUCAUCCAAGGCCGCCAAGGACGUGCUGGGCUUCCUGCGCGUCGUGCGCUUCGUGCGCAUUCUACGCAUCUUCAAGCUCACGCGCCACUUUGUGGGCCUGCGUGUGCUGGGCCAUACGCUGCGGGCCAGCACCAACGAGUUCCUACUGCUCAUCAUCUUCCUGGCCCUGGGCGUGCUCAUCUUCGCCACCAUGAUAUACUACGCCGAGCGCAUCGGCGCCGACCCUGAUGACAUCCUGGGCUCCAACCACACCUACUUCAAGAACAUCCCCAUCGGCUUCUGGUGGGCUGUGGUCACCAUGACCACCCUGGGCUACGGAGACAUGUACCCCAAGACCUGGUCAGGGAUGCUGGUCGGGGCACUGUGUGCCUUGGCUGGGGUGCUGACCAUCGCCAUGCCCGUGCCCGUCAUUGUCAACAACUUCGGCAUGUACUACUCAUUGGCCAUGGCCAAGCAGAAGCUGCCCAAGAAGAAGAACAAACACAUCCCCCGGCCCCCGCAGCCCGGCUCACCCAACUACUGCAAGCCCGAGCCGCCCCCACCACCCCCGCCCCACCCGCACCACGGCAGCAGCGGUGGCAUCAGCCCGCCACCACCCAUCACCCCACCCUCUGUGGGGGUGACUGUGGCUGGGGCCUACCCACCGGGGCCCCACACGCACCCUGGGCUGCUCAGGGGGGGAGCGGGUGGGCUGGGGAUCAUGGGGCUGCCUCCUCUGUCCGCCCCUGGCGAGCCCUGCCCACUGGCUCAGGAAGAAGUCAUUGAGAUCAACCGGGCAGGUGAGGUGGACCCUCCACUCUCCCCUUUUGUCUCUGGCACAGAUCCUCGCCCCAAUGGGGACCCAGCAGCAGCUGCGCUGGCCCACGAGGACUGCCCCGCUAUCGAUCAGCCCGCCAUGUCUCCAGAGGACAAGAGCCCCAUCACACCUGGAAGCCGGGGCCGCUACAGCCGCGACCGAGCCUGCUUCCUACUCACCGACUACGCCCCUUCCCCUGACGGCUCCAUCCGGAAAGCCACUGGUGCUGCCCCAAUGACCCCCCUAGACUGGCGUAAGCCAGGCCCCCCAAGCUUCUUGCCCGACCUCAACGCCAACGCCGCGGCCUGGAUAUCCCCCUAGUGGACGAACCCCUUUCCCCCGGGGUAAGUAGCCCCCCACCCAUCCCCUGACUAACCCCUCCCUCCUGACUAACCCCUCUGAGACCAUGCAGACCCCCACUGACUGAGACUCCCACCCCUCACCUUGAACAGCUGCACCCCAUUUACCCCCAGCCCCUGACACUGACCCCCACCUGCCUGCCCACCCCAAGACUCAGCACACCCCUCACUUAACCCCACUUAACCCCCCAGAACUAACCUCACCCCUCCCUGCACACUCAGCACCUGACCUCCGACCCUGCCCUCACAACUGAGCCCCAUCCUCAUCUCCAUCAGCAUUGCUUUCCCUGCCUCCAUCUUGGACUUGUUAGUUCAAUCAGGAAAGGGGAUACAUGCCUAGGUGGUCCCUGUUAGUUGCUGUGCUCAGGGAGCCCCCGUGGGCUGGAGUUGGCAGACCCUGGAGAUCUGUGCUGAUGGGGGUGAGAAAAGUGCCCCCUUGCUCCUCAACUUCCCCCAGCCCCUGGGACUCUGGCCCCAGUAGGGAGGCUCUCUGUGCAGAUGGUGAUGGGGAGGCCUGAGGCACAGACUGGAGGAGGAGGGGGAGGAGGAGGAAGAGCGGAUCAGGAGGCAGAGGGUCCAGGGGAAGAGGAUGUGGCUUGAGCUGGGCCCAGAGAGGAAGGAGCAAGGCAGGGAGAGCUGGGGGGCCAAGGGGCAAAGGGGACAGGCAAGAAGGUGAGCUCAGGGUGAGCCAGCAAGCAGAGGUCACCCCAGCUCUUUUCCUGGCAUUUGUUUGUUCAAUGUUCUUGAGGACGCUUGCACUGGAGAGAACUGGCAGCCAACCAGGCAAGAAACCUGCCUUGCUA